CCCGCCCCUUGAGUGCGCGCACUCCCCACGAGGGGCUGGUUCCUGGGAGGAAGCACGGAAGAGCUCCUGCUGCCGUGCUGCCGGCGAAGCCGCCGCUGCCGCUCGGGAGAGGGCGUUCGGUUUGUCUUCUCCCCCCCUGCUGUAUUCCCCAAGAUGUCAACCUCAGUUCCUCAAGGCCAUACCUGGACCCGACCGAUGAAGAAGGAAGAUGAGGAAGAGGACCCACUGGACCAGCUCAUCUCCCGCUCUGGCUGUGCUGCGUCCCACUUUGCAGUGCAGGAGUGCAUGGCCCAGCACCAGGACUGGCGGCAGUGCCAGCCACAGGUGCAGGCCUUCAGGGACUGCAUGAGUGAACAGCAGGCAAGGCGGCGGGAGGAGCUGCAGAGGAGGAAAGAGCAAGCAAAUGCCCACCGCUGAGACCCCAAACCACCUGUCCCCAGGAGAUGGCCAUGUAGAAACCAGCACCCAAAGAUACCAUCAGAAGAAGAAAUCCUAAAUGGUGGACAUAAUGGGCCAGGAGGUGUAAAAUUUGGGGAUGGUCUUUGGAACUGGGGUUAAGAGCCAGACACCAUGGGUUUGGACAGGACUGCCACAAAGAGCUGUUGUAUUUUCAUGGUCAGAUCUCACACAUCUUCACCCAUCUUGUUCCACCAAUAUUUGCCAUGUAAAACAAAAUGGGGUAGGGCAUGUGCCCAUCUCAGUAUUUGGGUGUGCCAAGCACUCAGUGUACUCAAUACAGGGACAUUUUAAUUUAAAAGUAAAUUCACAAUAUCAAGGUAUAUUGGUUACUGUAUUAGAUCUUUGUUUAUUCACUCAUGGGUUCAACAACAGCAAGUAUUUCUGAGGCAUUGUGUUGGAAACUGAUGUGAUGAAUAGUGUGAUAUGAUCUCUGCCUUCAUGUUGAUUAGAGUCUAGUUUGAGAGAGAGUAAUAAAACAACACUGGAAGAACUAGUUCCUGACAA